AUGCGAUAUUCCGGUACAAUAGACAUAGGCGGUACCAGCUUAAACACUAAAGAGUCAAGCUCAUUAGUAAGUAUUACUAAAGAUAUAACGACUACAACUCGAACCACGACCACAGCUCCAGCCACCUCAACAACUCCAACCACCACGACAACUCCGACAACUACCACAACUCCAACCACCACGACAACUCCGACAACUACCACAUCUCCAACCACCACGACAACUCCGACUACUACCGCAUCUCCAACCACCACGACAACUCCGACAACUACCAAAACUCCAACCACCACGACAACUCCGACAACUACCAAAACUCCAACCACCACGACAACUCCGACAACUACAACAACUCCAACCCCCAUGACAACUCCGACAACUACCACAUCUCCAACCACCACGACAACUCCGACUCCUACAACAUCUCCAACCACCACGACAACUCCGACAACUACCAAAACUCCAACCACCACGACAUCUCCGACAACUACAACAACUCCAACCACCACGACAACUCCGACAACUCCCACAUCUCCAACCACCACGACAACUCCGACUACUACCGCAUCUCCAACCACCACGACAACUCCGACAACUACAACAACUCCAACCACCAUGACAACUCCGACAACUACCACAACUCCAACCACCACGAAAACUCCGACAACUACAACAACUCCAACCACCACGACAACUCCGACAACUACCACAUCUCCAACCACCACGACAACUCCGACUACUACCACAUCUCCAACCACCACGACAACUCCGACAACUACAACAACUCCAACCACCACGACAACUCCGGCAACUACCAUAUCUCCACCCACCAUGACAACUCCGACUACUACCACAACUCUGACGUUCUGA